AUACUAAGGAGAAAAGGAAAUACUUGAUGCCCAAGUAAAAAGAUAUUAGUCUAAUAGGAGAGGGGCACGUGUAAAGCUACUCUAACAAACUACCAGACUAAAUGGACCGGGAGCAGCCACGUGGAAAGUUGAUUGGAGAGAGAGAGAGCUUCUGGUAGCUGGCUGAUUGAUCAUUCCUCUAACAAAAAUCCUGCCAAAAGUUUCGUGUGGCCGUAUGCAGAUAAUCCGGUAUAUUCCGCCAACGCGGAGAGUGACGUGGUGAUGUUUCCUCACGAAUUAAGCCCUUGCGGAUUUCGCCUAAGUACAGGGUGCUUUUCUCCCGACCUCGAGGAUUACUGAGGUCGGUAUCUGGGGGCUCGGGCCUAUGUUGAGAGGUCUCGUUUUGCUAUCUUCCGUUCUUGCUUUGGAGGUGGUUUAACCGCCUGGUGCUCUGCUUGGCGUUGACCUGGAGUAAGACUCCUGAGGUCAGACCUGGUGCCGACCUCGGAUGUCUCGAGGUCGGGCUCAUGAAUUGUCGAGUUUGGUUGGCUCCUGAGCUCGAUGUUUCCCGACCUCGGGGUCGGGGUCAGGGUCGGGGUCGAGGGGGGGGGGGGUCGGUGGACUCCGUCAUCUGCUGAGUUUACUUGAUUCAUGAACUUGAUGUUUCCCGACCUCGACGGUCGGGGUCGGGGUCGGAUUUAGAUGUGGACUUAGUAUUUUCUUGCCCCCGAUGAAUCCGUAAGGCUCUCUACCGGCGGUCGUGGUACCCCUGGGGUAUACGGGAAUAUACUCCAUCAUGAGUCCCCCACUCCCCGAGGCGAAAGUGAAGCUUUAGGUGAGAGAGAGUAAAUCUUCAAUUUCCUGGGCGCGCUCGCCCGACAGGGGUGCUGCUCUUCCAUGGUCAUGACAAAGGGGUACCUCAUUAAAAACUCCGCUGAGGAAAAACCCUGUGGGAAAAAUUCCUAACGGAGGAAAAAGAGUAUACUCCGCUUUGCCAUGAAGUCCGGAGAGGAAAGCGACGCCCCGCUGCAGAGAAGUAUGAGCCCGGGCUUCGUGUAUUCUGCGUUCCAAACCUGCCUCAUGGGUUAGUCGCUACGUCCGCGGCCCCGGGCGUGGGUUGAUAAAAAAAUUUGUGUGCGGAAAAUUCGUAAUGAAUUUUAAUCUAUGUGCGAAGUUUGAGGAUAUACAUGUUCGAUGCCGAGCCCGAAGUGACUACGUUGCUCUGAGCUUGUUUCUGUAGUCUUGUUUUUGCUGCUUUGUGAUUUGUUUUCCGAGUCCCCCCACUUACCAAUCCCCCACUCUUGUGGGCUUAGAAUAUUUUCUAAGUGUGGAAGAGUAUUAGUUUUAGGGGGACGAGGCAGUUGCAUUUAUCGCUUGGUGGACUUCAGGAGAAUUUGUGGCUUGUAGUAACGCUGAUGUGUACAAAUAGGAAUCUUUACAUAUUCCUUUUGCAACAUUUUGAAUUAAUAGUCGCUUCUCAGCAUUUAAUGCGAGGGAUGGCGUUUGGAGUGAUUGUAUGGCGCCAUCAUUGCGCCUUUUUGCAUGCCUUUCUGAAAAAACCUUUGAGUUUUUUGGGCGGUUGGAGAUUAUUGCGCCAUGUGUAAGUCUCCCGUUUAAUUUUGAAGGGAAGUAUAAAAGGCGAAAGCAUUCGUCUUUCUCCUUUGCGCUUUCUUUUGUAUUCGAGUUUUUAGAGUUUUCAAGCAUUUCAAGGGCUCAUCUUCUCCGGUCAUUGCUUUGAGAAGUUUUAGUUUCCUCCGUCGACUUCCCCAACCAAGUUAGUCUCCGGCUCUAUUUGCUCGUUCUUUGCCUGUCGUAAUUUUGUCGGAAGAAACCCAGAAUAAAGGGUUUUCCGUCAAUUUUCGCUCUGUGAACAAUGGGGGGUCUACAGUCCCCCAUUCUUGGUGAGGUUGGCACCUCUGGACUCAGAAUUGCAUUAUGAUGCUUGUUCGAGUGUUUAAUUUCUGUUUGGAGGUCAAAUUUUCAGUCCUUAACCCCCAACCCCAGAUUUUGACUGUCAGCAUGUAUGUGUGUGUUUUCCUGCAGAUUUUGAGAAAAUGUCUUCCCAAGGUAAUGCUGGAGAUAGGGCCGUCCCUCCACGCGAGGUUGGGGACACCGCUGUUGUGCUUGACGUGCCUCCCAUCCGCUUUAUUAGGAAGCGGAGAAGCAGCAAGAAGAAGUCUGGGAAUGCGGUGGGCACCCUUACGGUGAACGGUCCUCUCAUGGAUGUGUGUGCUCUCUCUGACGGCGAGUGGGUCGAAGCCAGACGCAUGGCUGGUCCGACUGUUGAUAUCAUGAGGCCUGAGGCGGGGAGCCUGGCGUCCUCCUGCCCCUCUGGCUUCUUUGCGGUUCAUCUGGACGUGAUGGAUCACGGGUUUCGCUUUCCACUGCACCCCUUCUUUGUGGAGUAUCUCAACUAGGUUGGGCUACUCCCUUGCCAGGUGACCCCCAAUGGGUUCUACCUGAUGGAUGCCUUCCUCCUGCGCUGCAAGAAUCUGGUUUUGGAGGCUACCGUUGGUCUUUUUAGGCACUUGUUUCAAAUUGGGCUUAACAGCUCUCUGGAGAAUCAGGGCUACGCCCUUAUUUCCCAAUGAUCCGGCCGGAGUGGGUUCUACCACACCCCGUCGUCUCACCAUGGGUAGAAACACAUGUUUGUGUUUGUCUUCACUGACAGGAAAGGCGGGUCUCCUUUCACUGCCCCAGGAUCCCUGUCAUUCAAUAUGCACGAUGCCGGUGCACUGGGUGAAUUCACUGAUGACGUGGGCGCCUAUGUUGGGUAUGGCGACCUGGACAUCACAACCUUCCUGUCCGAGGAGAAGCUGAAAGAUUUGGGCUUCGUUUUUAUACCGAGGUUCCUGAUGAAGACCAAGGGGAUGUCGUUGGUGCCAAGCCUCAAGGUGAGGAUCAGGUUGGUGUCCAGGAAGAAGCUGACAUUGUUGCGGCUAUCGCCACGUCCUUGGCGAUGGGACGGGGCUUCGAUGAUGGUCCCACUGGUUCAGACAUGUUGGGCCCCCAGUCCUCGGGCGAGGAGAGGGCUUUUGCCCAUAUGUCUCCUCCAAGGUCCGAGUCUUCCGAGGAUGAUGAGCCUGCUCUAGAGAGGAUGAAACGUCAGAAUGAGGUCUCCUCUCCCAGCGUUGCUAACCCAGUGGGGAGGGUAGAUCCUGCCAAAGUUGAUUCAGCGGCAGAUCCUUCCAAACCUGCUGUUACUUCACAAGGUAUAUUCUCUUUUGACUAUGAGUUGGCUUUUUGUAUUGUACGCCUUCGUGGUAAUUUUACCUUCCUGGUUUUGUUGUUACAGGCAGUGCCAGCCUGUUUGAUCUCCUUGACCGUGCUCAGGAGGGUGGGAGGAAAACCCAGCCCUCGGUCGGUGUUAAGUAUGCUGACCAAUCACCCAGCGGCUCCUCCUCCUCCUCUUCCGAGGGCUUAGAGGAUGAGGGUAAUGAAGAUGCUGCUGAUGUCGCCAGCAUGGGGGAUGCCCAGCCAACUUUUGCCAGGGCGCAAGAAGGAAACAUUACUGCGCGCACACAAGCUACGGAGAAUGCCAACACCACCUCUCCACCGGACGUGGUCAUUGAGGACGCCACAGAUGAGGGUGAUGAUGAAGAUGACAAGGAGACUGUUGAACAGCUCUGGAGCUGCCUGGGCUCAGAUGCCCCAGGACGCAGUAGUGCGACCCCAGCUGGUGGCCGGAAGAAGCGUUCAGUGGCUAGGGGUAGUGGCCCUCCCCAUGAUUCCGCCAGUGGGCGGAAGAUACAUAGGUUCCAGUUCUCUGUCCGGGAUGAUCAGGGUUUUAUUUCUGAGAAUGUUGGGGCUGUAGAUCUGCUGGAAAAGCUCUGUCUCCCUUGUGAUGUUGAUGAAUGAGAUGGACACCCGCAGUGUGGCGGAGGACUUGGCUUCUAGUACUUUGAAGGUAAGUUUUCCUCCUUUGAUGUGUUCAUAUGCAUACUCCCUUUUUUCUUGUGUGUGUGACCAUACUCCUCAAUGUUUUUUCAGGAUACUGCCCUUGGUUACGAGAUGUCCCUUAGGGUUGAGGCUGCAGAGCUCCAGGCAAGGGUGGCUGCCCAUAAGCGAUCGGAACUCCUUGAAGGCCGACACUUAGCUGAGCAGGCCUUAGAGGUUGCCCGAGGGUAGGUCGAUGAGCUUCAAAAGAGGGCUCAAGAGGCCGAGGCCCAGCUUAAGGACUGUCAUGUUCAGUUUAGAGCUCUGUGGGAGACUGCUGAUGCAUCCGUCCGUGCUCUGAGCGAGGUGGAGGCUCAUGCCCAGUGUGUCGAAGAGCGGACCCGGGCCGCUGAGGAUAAGGCAACUGCCGCCAUUGAAAAGGCGAAGAUUAGUCUGGCCGAAUGGCAGCGGAUGAUCGAUGUAUACCAGUUGGCCAUGAAAGAAAGGGAUCAACUCCGGAGGUCCCUUGGGGAGAUUGAGGCGGAGCUGUGCUCUUUCAAGACCCAGUGCUUCACUUUGGAGAGCCAACUCGCGGUAGUCACACGAGAGCACUGUGAAUGGGAGGCGAAGCAUGAUAAAGCCGCUUCUGAGCUGAAAGAGUCCCGCUCCCAAAUCGUCAAGCAAAGGCGUGUUAUGGAGAAGCUCGAACGGCAAGCUGAAGAGGCAGAAAAUUAUAGGGCUCGGGUCUCUGAGCUUGAGGUUGAUCUUGCUUCCAAGGACGCUGAUCUGGAGAAGCUGAGAAAGGAGCGUACUGAGAUCCGGCUUGCUUCUGGCCACGAUAAAGCUCGGAUCAUGUCACUGGAAUCCGAGGUGGCCGCCACACAGGAGAAGCUUGAGGGCUAUAUGGCGGGCCACAGUGCUGCUAUUGAGAGGGCAAAGGCAGGUGUUGUUUCUGAGUUUCAGACCUCAUGUUCCAAGGAUCCAGCUCCUUCAUUAGCUGUCAACUGACUUCAUGGGGUCAUGGGCAAACACAUCAAUAGCUGGUUGACCACGCCCGCGGGGCUGGGGUUCGUGUGGGAACAGUUGUUGCCUACCCUGAAUUAUGGGAAGUACCAGAUGCAGAAGGAGAUAUACGACAGGCUCCGAGAGAACAUGCCAGGCUUCAACUCCAAGGCUUACAAGCUUCCCAGGCCCAUGAAGCAUCCAGAGACUGCCACCAAUCAGCAAGAGCGGGAGAAGAAAAAGAAGAGGAAGAGAAAGGAAUGAAUUCCCCUCCCCUUAAUUUUUCUUGUAUAUCUGGCUGUUGAGCCGUUGCUGUAAACAUUUGAAACACCUUCUGCUACUUUUGUGUAUGAGAUGUCAUUUUUUCUGCAAUUUUCGUGCUCGCUGUGCCUUGUAUGUUUGUAUUAUAUCAUUUUGCACAGGUGCUGUCGAGCUGGGAUGGGCCAUAGAUGGCCUGUCCUUCUUUUUCUCUGGGCUCAACAUGUGUUCGCUGAGUUGCCACCAUUGUCCCCAACAGAGGUUGCAUAGUCAACCUCGUUUGGGUGAGGCAUUGUUGGUCCCUUGCUGUUUUAAAUGGCAAGGAACUGACCUUUGUCUGAUUUACAACCAUGGACUUUCAAAUGUCCAUGUUGUGUUCCGCAUGUUGCAUGUUCGCGCAAUAAUGGAUUUUCAGGGGUCCAUUACUGAAGAGUUUAUCAGUAGCAGUGAUUGCCAACUGUUGGAGCUUUUAUUGGCGCUUUCGGC